UCUACAAAAGAAAGUUUGCCACGGUUGUCCCACACAACUGGCGUUGUAGAAUGUCUCCCAACUCCAAACUUAUUUUACAUUUUAAAAGAAAACAAAGUCUUUAAGCAAGAUUUCUUCAUCCCAUUUUGCUUACCUAUUUGAUUGACAGAGGGGAAGAAAAAUUGCAGGGGAUUCCACUAGUUUUAGGAGACGGUAUUUUGAAACCAGUGGGCAGAUUAAGAGGAAUGUGUCAGGCUAAUUGAGCAAGAACUCUUUAUCAGUUAGCCCAAGUGGUUCUUGAUCUGGAUCGUGAAAGUGCUGAUAGUUUUUGCCUUGCUCUGUUGUGAAGCGUAGCUGCACAGAUGGUUGUCUUCAAGAUGGGAUUCCAUUUUAAGAUUUUCUGUUGUGAAAGUAGGUUGUCAUAGACCGGUUGGUUUAUUAUUGAUUCUCAGAUUGUGACCUGAAAAUUGGGUUAUUGGAAGGGCACAAGUAUUGAAGAGAAUGAAGAACGUUAAUGGCAAUAGGCUGGAAACAGGGUAUAGACUCUCAAGCAAGUAUUUUGUGAGAGUAUGUCAAUCAGCGGAUAUGUUGUGUCCUCUUUGGGGUAUUUGGGAAUGUGUGGUUCGAAAGACAAGGUAUUUUUACAAGCCCGAGUGGUUGUAGGUAGGUCUGUAUUACAAACUGUUUUCUGCUGAAGUUAGAUUUAGGGAAAAGUUCUCAGAUUAUUUGUUGGUCUUCAAAGCUUUGGCCUCAAGAAGGUGCUAAAAGGAUAUAUAAAGGCCAUGAGCAAAUUAAUGCCACAGAUUUAUUUUGUAUGCCUAUUUGAUAUGCUGGUAUCUGAAUUUGAGUGAAAUCAAAUUGACGGAUUAGAAAUGGGGCUCACAGAGAAAAGGAAAUAACAAAAACAAAACAAUUUCUUGAAAAAGAAGGAAAAGAUUAAAGUAACUUUUUUUUGUGCCAGAGAAGAAAAAUGGAUAACCAUGGAGCUGUUCAUAGUUCUUUACCAUCAAUUUCAGGAACUAGGAAGGAGAAGAAAAAGCAGGUAAAAGAUGAAUUGGAUCGGCACCGCCAAGCAGAGAAGAAAAGGAGGCGUCUAGAAAAGGCUCUAGCAACAUCUGCUGCUAUUUGUUCUGAAAUACGAAAGAAGAAGCAAAAAGAGAAAGAGGAGCAGCAACGCCUCGAUGAAGAGGUAGCUGCAAUUGCAGAGGCUGUAGCACUUCAUGUUCUUGCAGAUGAAGAUUCUGAGGAGGCAUCAGAAGUUGUUCUACAUACAAAUGAAAAAAUAAGCCUUUGGCAGAAUCCCUAUGUAGGGCUUUUUCCAGAGACUAUGAUGGCAGCUGAUGGCAAUAUUCAGUUUUAUUUGGGAAGGCAGAAAAACGACUUGCUUUACCAGAAUACUCUAAAAUGUUGUGGAGACAAAAGUUGUAGAGGUUUUGAGAGCAGGGAGGAAAUUUUGGGUUCAAGGGCAACACAGUGGCAGCUUAGUGAUUGGAAGGUACCUUAUUAUAGACCAGUUGAUAGAGGAAUCAGGAACACUGAAUGGAAUGGAAGAGAAUUUGUUGUUGCAAAUGGAUGGAGUCAAUUGGAAAAUAUUUGCUUGGUCAAUCAGAAAAGAGUAGCAUGUGACGAGAAAGAAAGAACUGCAGAAGUAUCAGCAGAUUUGGCUGCUGCUCAAGCUGUUGCAGCCCUUCCUAUUGCCAAGGAGGCACAGGCUGAAGCCAAGGUUGUGAAAAUGGCAGCAGAAGCAGCUAUCUCCAGAAUUCUGGAUAAAAAUUACGUAGUGCAUAAAUCUGAUAUACCUGACAAGAGCAAGUUCCAGACAAGAAGUGGUAACGAGAUGGAUCCGUCAAGCACUCAACUCCAUGAAAUAGAGCUGAAAGCAGGAAGAAAACACUGCAGGCCUGAGAGCUAGAAAGAAACUCAAUGAGGUUAAUCAUCACUGUCUCUAUUUCAAGGCAACAUUGGAAGUUCCCGGUAGUCAGAAUCUGGCUAUCACCCUCAGAGGACUUUAUAACAGAAUGUAAAUAUAAAAGUUAAGUACUCUGGGGGAUUGCUGCAGAGGAAAUAUUGAAUGGUGUGCAUUGUAUUUCUGAUUCUAUUUGCUCCUAGAUAUGAUGAUAAAAGCUAACUAAACAUAUAAGGAUGGGCAGCUUAAUAAUUGAGAAAGCUCAAGCUGUUGGCAUAUUUUUCAGUAUUCGCCUGAAUCUAAACAGUCAUUUCAUUAUGCUAAAUAUCGAUCAUCAAUGCUUUAGCUAUACUGCAACAUAUAUAAUCGAUUCUAAUCCCGCAUCCUUGCUUUUGUCUGUUUAUUAUUUGUAUGUAAGGAGUGCCGUUUCUGAAACGCUGAAGGCUUAAUAUUGCACAGAAAUGAGAUGGUAAAAGAGGAUACACAAAUGAUAUUGCCUGUUCAAUGGACGGUAAUAUGGAGUCAAACUUUUUGUGUCUUGAGCUAUUAUAAAUAAUCCCUUUCUUUAAAUGUAGCGUCUAUUAUCAAUCAUUUUUCUAACAUGAGAAAGUUUGGCAUCCAAUCACAGAA